AUGCACUCAAAAGAUUUUGAAGCAGCAGCUGUCUCCCUCUCCGACAACUGGAAACCCGUCAACGGCUACUACGACCUCCGCCCCAACUGGUUCUCGCCCAGCAUCGCUCGCGUGUUCUGGGAGACAGACGACCUCAAACAAAAAUGGGCCAGCAUCGCCCAGGGUCUAACCAACGGGAUCAGACGCGGCGCAGACAACCUGACAGACGCCUUCGAGUACGGAGCCGACAAACCCGUUUUUGGCGGUCAACGAGGUCCGCAGUGUGACAGCACGAUUCUGAGCACAGGCAGGGCUGGGCCAAAAGAAGUCGAUAUGGAUAAAUCAAUAAAGCUAAAGAGUAGAAAAGAGGAGGUGCGCCUUAAAAUAGGGUACGCGAGUUCUGCCGGGCCUGACCGCCCAAAAGCCGCCUUGGACACAGCCAGCCAGGACGCCAGUGCCAUGACAGGUUGA